GCGAUCCCUGUACUUCAAAAUGCAUUCACACGAUAUUGAGGAUCAGAAAAGCAACAUGGAUGAGUGAGGAUGAGAUUGCCCAGCUCUGUCCUUGUGUCGGUCUCUUUGUUUACAGCCGAGAUAACGGCUGCUCUCUAUCUUAGCACCACUUAUCGCUCAGCUGGUGAUAAGAUUUGGCAGUGUUUCACGCUUCUAUUCACGCUUGUGCCAUCCGUGCUGGUGCAGCUCACUCUGAUCUUUAUUCACAGAGACCUGAGCAGAGACAGACCUCUAGUGCUUCUUCUUCACAUUUUACAACUGGGGCCAAUAAUCCGGUGUCUGGACGCUUUCUGUAUCUAUGGCAGUGCUGGAAAGGUGGAGGAGCCGUAUGUCACCAUUACCCGAAAGAAGCAGAUGCCCAGAGAUGGACAGGCUGAGGAGGUGGAACAAGAAGUUGGCCAGGCAGAGGGGAAGCUAGUCACCCAUAGAGCGGCCUUUGCCAGAACCUCUGUCAUACAGGCCUUCCUGGGCUCUGCACCCCAGCUAACUCUGCAGCUAUAUAUCUGUGUGCUGCAGAAAGGAGUGUCUAUUGGUAGAGGUACAUUGAUGGUAAUUUCACUUCUGUCCAUCGUGUACGGAGCCCUUCGCUGCAACAUUCUAGCUAUCAAAAUACGCUACGACGAUUAUGAAGUUUCCGUCAGCCCGUUGGCGUACCUGUGCGUGUUCCUGUGGCGAGGGUUUGAGAUCGCAACACGCGUGGCUGUGCUGGUCCUCUUCAGCUCCGUGCUGAAAGUGUGGAUUCUUCCGGUGGUGUUGUCCAACUUCAUCUUGUUCUUUCUGCACCCCUGGGUUCUCUUCUGGAGCAGCCGCUCUCCGUUUCCAGAGAACAUAGAGAAGACGUUGACCCGUGUCGGGACCACCAUUGUACUCUGCAUGCUCACCUUCAUGUAUGCGGGAAUUAAUGUGUUCUGCUGGUCCGCUGUGCAGCUCAGACUAGACGACACUGAUCUUAUCGAUAAGGGCCAGGCGUGGAGGCGGGUGGCGGUCUAUUACUCCCUACGGUUUGUGGAGAACGCCGGGUUGACCUUGAUGUGGUACACCCACCGAACUGAGUUUUAUCAAUGGGUGGAUGCUCCGGUAUUGGAAGUCCUGCUGAUGUUGGGAUACGCCAUGGCCGUCUUCUUCAUGUUGCUUUUUUACCAGUUCUGUCACCCUUGCAGGCAGUUGUUCUCAUCUAGCCCGGCACAGGGCUUCCAAUCGGGCUCCAUGAGGACCAAGCCCUUGUCAGAGCCACAAACGAAAGAUGGAGACGAGCAACCCUGUGUUACCAAAGGGGACUUCAACCAGAGUUUGUGCGUCUGAGUUUGAAGCUUAAGCACAUUGUCAUGAAGUGCACCCAUAAGGUUCAAAAGGGAUCAAAAGCCAAUGAAAUUGCUUUCAUGCCUUAUGUCUUGAUAGUGGAAUGUGAAAGGCAACUUUUGUACAUAUUAGGGGGUGAAAGGAAUUCUCUCCUGUUUGGUUCACAAGGCAAUCAAGCCAGCAUGAUCUAUAAAAGUGCAUGUGAAAAUCUUUACUAAAUUAAAUAGCUGAUUUUGUCAUGUGACACGGGGGUUCGCUCCUUUGUUCAGCAUAUGCGUUAUUAUCGUUGCAAUUUCUGGUUUCUAUGUAAAAGCACAUUCAAAGUUUGUAUUUGUGUACAUUGCGAGCUUUUGUACUUGUUUUUUCCAUCAUCAGGGCAUUGUGUGAUGUGUAAGGUUUAUUUUUAAUGCUAUCUUGUAGUUUUUGUAACAGCUAAUUGUUGUACAAGAGUGUUGUAUACCACAAACUAACAUUAGCGUGAGAACGCUUUGAAAAUGUGAUGGGAGGAUUGUCUUCAUAACACUGUACAUGUGUUUUUUGUUUGUUUACUAUUUUGUACUCGUUUACUUUUUUCUCUCAUCUGAAGGCAUUUUUUUGGCACAUUAAUCAUAAACAUUUUUGCCACAGAGGAAAAAAGUGGUUUGUAUUAUUACUGCCCCCUUGUGGGGAUUUAAAUGGCUUGAGUUUAUUCAAUUUGCAAGCACUGUAUUCAGAACAUCACUGCUUUUAAUACUGUAUUUGCAUCUGUCAGCAAAACACCUAACGAAAUAAAUGAGAAUGAUAUUUUA